AUGAAUUAUCUGAGCAGUAGUGCUGCAUUUCUAUUCUAUUUUAUCUACUUUUCGUCUUCCAACGAAGCGUUCAAGAUAGAAAAUGAAAUAUUCGACUACGCCGACCCCAGUAAAUGUAAAGCCAACGAGUAUUUCGACGCGGCCACGCUGUCAUGUGCGGAGUGCGAUUUUACGAGGAAUCUCGUCCCCUCGGAUGAUCGUCGGAAGUGCGUCUGUAAUAAAGACAGCAAAGAAACCGGCUGGGAGAAUGGCCUCCCGAUUUGUGUGCCCUGCGGUCAUGACGAAGUCGUCACGACAAGUGGUACAGACUGUAUUCCGUGUAAGAAGGAAAAUAAUCGGACUUCCUGUACAUGUCUGCCCAAUGAAAUAAAAGUGGAGAGGAACAUAUCCGGGGAGCUCCUAGACUUCGUGCAGUGUCUUCCAUGCUCGGAGAAUUUUUAUCCAGCAUCCGAUGCGACUAAGUGUCUACCGUGCCAAGGUGUAAAAGGCCACGUAAAUUGUGCCUGUCCUCUAGUGUCUCACGUUAGGAUACAAAAUUACUGUCUUCACAAAAGUGGCCUCGGGGAGUGGCCCGAUACCAGAAGCACAUAUUUAGUCAAGUUCAAGAGUCAAACCGUCGACAGUUAUUACUUAAGAACGGAGUUACGCUUGACGAUGUACCUCUGCAAGAAUGGAGACACGAUAGCCUGCGAGCGUCUGUCCAACAUGUGCGCUCUGACUUUGUUCUCCGAGGGAGUGGCAUGUAAAUUAUUUACAGACAAAUCUCUAAAAGACUCUCCGGUGUGGUUAUUCUACAGAGAGGGCGACGCUUUUGCCGUGUUAAACCGCAAAAAGAUAUCGCAAAGUUACAGUCUCGGAAGAAACGACGAAAACAGCAAGUUGAAUUUAACAGUAGCCAGGUUCUCCUUGGAAGGCGAGAUUAAGUCAGUAGAUGUCCCUGAAUUAUUUUGCCACUGGCUGAGAGACAUCAGGUUCGGGGUUAACGUUAACAGACGUUGCAAAUUGUCCGCCAAGGCUCUGUUAAAUUCACCAACGGAAUUCUUCUCCCCGUACCUUGCGUACAACGAGAAGGGCAAGCUUUUGCUCUACACCUUGCCAGUGUUAAUUAAAAAUUUAAAUUUCAUGCGGAAUGAAAAUGACUUUACACAGUGGCAGCUGGUCCGGAGAUUUUUUUUAGUCGACAGCGUGACUGGUUUUAAAGCCCUGCCAAAUUCUAUCGGGGAUUCUUACAAGAGAGAAUCGGAAAUAUCCGUCCUUCGCUACCUCAAGUCCCUCAGUGUUCUGAUCAAGGUACAAGACAGGGAGGAGCGAGGAAAAAUAUUUCCUCCCCAGCUCGUCUUGGAGUACAGUGAAUUGACCAGGCAAGAGAUUCUCGACAACGUGGAGGUCAUUUUAGACUAUAAAGUCACUUACGACUUAACGGACAGCGAUAUGGACAGUGCUGUUGAGGUAACCAUAGGGAUUUUAUCGGGCUUUGCCGUGGCCUUUUCCGCAAUAAAGGCCUGGGGCUAUUGCCGGCGAAAUUACAACGGCGUUCCUAACGCCCUGGUCUUCCUUUGGUUUUUAAUCUAUUGCCUGGGAACUGUGGGAAACGUUCUCAUUUUAGUAUCGCUCAGUGCGAGCAUUUACACCUUCGUUUUUUACAAAGGCCAAACGGUUCUACAUAUCCUACUCCCUAACGAUAGCACCGAGACUAAUAUUCGAGUCUGUACGAUAAUAGGGUUCUGCUUCAAAACCGUAGAAGUAGCGGCGCUUAUAUUUCGAUUAAGAAGCGUAAGCAUUUUUUUCAUCGACUGGGAACAGCCCAGGACGAUUCAAGUGCAAUCGCAGUAUGACUCGCCUCAUACUUCCCUAAGAAAACUGUACACGAAUCGGUUUACCCCGGACACAAUGCACAGACCUUUGAAAAAAUCUUCAGAGAUCCUAGCAGCCAAAAGAAGCAAAACUCCUUCCAAAUCCAGUAGAGAGAACAGUCCUAGACGUAGUGCCAUUUUGUUAACGCGUGCCAAGCAUGAGGAGGAUUUGUUAACAAAUUCCUCGGCUACGAAUUCUUCCGUGGGUACUCCUGACGAUCACGAUCAGUCCCAGAAUGUUCCCGUGAGCAUUUGGAGGACAUACUUUGUAGCAAAAGCCUGGUUAGAAAUCCAGACUAAAAGGAGAGUCAAUAUGUACGUCCAGGGGAUUCUUACACUUAUUCUUUUGGAAGUCGUCGGAUUAAAGUUCUGGGCCUUGGCAGUGCCAGAAUUGAUUACGGAGAAUGAGGGAGAUUACUUUGAAACGAAGCAGAAUUUUACAUUAAGACAUGCCAUCGGAGGAUCAACGUACAUAUCGAUUUACAUUACGCAAUGGUUAAUAAUUGUAGUAUUUUAUGAGCGAUUUAUAAAGAAUCGGAUAUCAGAUUUCAUAGAUAUUUGUUCGGUAGCAAAUAUCAGUGUCUUCAUUCUAGCCCUCGACUAUUAUGGAUUUUACAUACAUGGACGAUCGGUCCAUGGAUUUGCGGACACUGACCUUGCUACGUUAAUAAACAAUCUCAAAAAGGAAGAACAGAAUCUAUGUGCACACAGAGGAUUAAUUCCAGGGACUACAGAGCAAACUUUUAUAAUGUCUGUAUCGAGAACGUUUCGAGAGUUUUAUAAUAAGAUUUUAAAUAUGCAGGCUACUAAUAAUGAAAAAAUGUUUAGGAGGCAUUUUUCUGAUACAAUAAAUUCCGAUAGAAGCGUACAAGGUCACAACAAGAUGAGACGAUUUUUAACUAACUUCUUGGACCAUUGUUUCAAAGAUCUGGAUUACGUUACCAAAGAACGGCAGUUUCUAGAAAAGUUGUGCGGCAUCGAGUUUACGGAUACUUCGGACAAGUCUGUCUUUUACAUAGAUAACAACCAUUCAUUUGAUCAUGUUAUUUUUUAUGGCAACGAGUGGACAUUGGCAUCAUUCGAGCUAACAAUAUUCUUGUUUAUCGAACUUUUAUGGGGUAACUACAUUCUUGCAGUUAUUAUUACCGUCAUACUCUCGCAAGUGUUAAUUAUGUGCACUAAAUUUCAUGAUAGACAAAAUGUAGCUAAAAAAACAUUAAUCGACGAAAGACUUCUAAUGUAGAUAUUUUGAUGCCAUUGUAAAAUCUAUAUAACAUA